AUGGCGACAGCAGCUGUCAUCAAUGGCUCGGCCAAUCCCCUGACUGCCGAGAAGCCCGGUUUAUCGCACGACGCACCGGGGAGCUUGCCCAUUGAGAAGCCAGCCCCGGCCAACGGAGCCGCUCCCGUGCUGGAUGGUCCAAACGUCGAUGCCACUUCUCCCUACCACAAUCCCAGCCUUACCCUGAUCGACAGAUUUGUCGACGAGCCUCGUCCCUUGAGGGUUGGUGUUAUCGGUGGCGGUUUGGCUGGCAUCUUGGCAGGGGUCCUGCUGCCGAAGAAGGUGCCGGGGAUUCAGCUCACCGUGUAUGAGAAGAAUGCCGAUGUGGGAGGAACGUGGUUUGAGAAUGUGUAUCCUGGCGUGAGGUGUGACAUUGCCUCUCACGUCUAUCAGUCGACAUUUACACCAAAGACAGACUGGUCGGACAAGUACGCCCCGGGACAUGAGAUCAGGGACUAUUGGCAGUCUGUCGCGCGGAAAUACGACGUCUACAAGUACGUCAAGCUCAACCGCAAGGUUGAGGACAUUUCGUGGGAUGAUGCCGAGGGCGUCUGGAUCACGACGGUGCGAAAUGUGCAGACGAACGAGGUGACGGUUGAGAAGAACGACUUCAUCUUGACCUCUGUUGGACGAUUCAACGCCUGGAAAUUGCCCGACUAUCCCGGAAUUUCCGACUACAAAGGACAUCUUCGACAUGCAUCAAACUGGAACACCGAGUUCGACCCGAAGGGCAAGAAGGUGGCGGUCAUUGGCAACGGAGCCAGUGGCAUCCAGGUCGUGGCGAACUUGCAGCCUGUUGUGAGCCAAUUGGACCACUACGCCCGGAAUAAGACGUGGAUCGCUGCGUCUUGGGCCGGAGAGGAGCGCAAGCUUGAGCCCCAGCCGUACACAGAAGAGGAGAAGAAGAAGUGGGCAGAGGAUCCCGAUGCCUACUUGGCCUUCAGAAAGGAUCUAGAGGGGAUAUACUGGCGACGGUUCGGGACGUUUUUCCGGAACAGCGAGCUGAACAAUGAGCUGCGAGAACAGUUCAUCAACAUCAUGAAGAAGCGCCUGGUUAAGAAGCCCGAGCUGCUUGAGCACAUUGUGCCCGACUUCUCCCCCAACUGCCGACGUCUUACUCCCGGACCGGGAUAUCUGGAGGCCAUCACUGAAGACAAUGUGGAAUACAUCCAGACGCGCAUCAAACGCUUCACAGAGACUGGUAUCGAGACGGAGGAUGGCGUGCAGAGGGAUGUCGACGCCGUCAUCUGCGCUACGGGCGCAAACGUCGACAUGGUCCCUCCAUUUCCCAUCAAGGCUCACGGGCAGAAGCUCAGCGACCUGUGGAAGGCUGAUGGUGUAUAUGGCUUCCCUUAUACCUACUUUGGACUAGCAACGCCCGGGUUCCCAAACCUUCUCUUCGUCCACGGUCCUCAAGCGACGGGCCCAUCUGGAACGGUGCCGCACAGCGUCGAGACGCAAUUGACCUACUUUGCCAAGGUGCUCCGAAAGGCGUCGCGGGAGGGCAUCAAGUCGAUUACACCGUCUUCAAAGGCUGCCGAUGACUUUACCGAGUUCUCGGACGCCUUCUUCGCCAAGACUGUCCUUACAGACAAGUGCAGCUCUUGGUACAAUGGCGGAAGACCGGGGGCGAGGAUCCACGGUCUCUGGCCGGGGAGCGCUGGGCACAUCACGGCGAUUCGGAGGGAGCCGAGGUGGGAGGACUGGGAGUACAAGUAUCUCGGCGACUCGAAGAAUCGGUUCGCUUGGUAUCUUGGCAAUGGGUGGACGAGAAAGGAGACAGAUCCAGAGGCGGAUUUGACGCCGUAUCUGAAACGUCCAGACGAGAUAGACUUGCGCGACGUGCAUGAGAGCUGGUGGAGCAUUCCUUAG